UAAGAAAGAAAAAUCUUUCGUCUGUCACGUGACACUUAAAUGUGAGAGGAAGCGACUUUUUUUUCUUCAUUUUUGCUAGGUGUCUCCCUCCUCUCCCGCGUAAGUUGCAUCUUCGGGAAGGAAAUUAUGGAUCACUGAAAUUUUUCUAAACGGGGGGGAGAGGGGUUACAGGUAGAAAACGUCAGAACGCCCCCUCAUGGGAGUUUCCUCUCGAUUGUUUAUUAUUUUGGGUGAAUUUUUGAGGGAGUAAGUUAAUUUGAUUUGAGAAAUUUUUUGCUCGGUUUUGUGGGCUUUCGCAUGGCAAGCGAAAGAUGAUUUUGAUUUAUGAUUGGAGAUUCUGGAAAAUGAGAAAACUCCGAAAACCGGUUCUCAAUGGCGGGUAAUUGCCAGCCAAUCAGAGGAGGGUCUACAUUGGAGGUUUUUUCAGAGAACUCGGAGAAACUGUCAUUCGUGAAUGUUGGGCUCGUGUCUCGUGUGCUCCUCGUGUUUUGACAGUAAAACCGCAUCGCUCGGUUUUAUAAAGUACUCAUUACCUUCUGAGUUAUCUACAUUAAUUUUAGAAGUUGAUUUAUUUGAGGGGAUAAAAUGGAGCAGGAUUUGAAACCGAAGAUCGAUCAGGCCUGCAGAGUUGCGGAGGAAUUCACAAAAUUGUACUAUGAGAGUCUGGAUAAGAGACGAUUCAUGAUAUCGAGACUGUACCUGGACACAGCGAGCUUAAUUUGGAAUGGGAAUGGAAAAGAGGGAAAGGAUGCGAUUCAAAAGUUCUGGCUCGAUUUACCUGCAACAGACCACACCAUCACGACCCUGGAUGCUCAACCCAUCACUGGUCCAGCAGUCUCGGAUCAGCUCACAUUUCUAGUUAAAGUCAGUGGCCAAGUCAAGUAUCAGGAGAAAACACCAAGACCAUUCACCCAGAACUUCCUCAUAACAGCUGUUGGAGACAAGUGGAAAAUAGUCAGCGACUGUUUCAGAAUGCAAGAGGCAACAGAAAGCACCGGAUAAACUCCAAAAAUCCAAAUUAGAAUAAUGAAUUAAUCUGGAAGAAAGUGAAAGCCGACAGACUGUUUGACACAAAUUGACGAAGACAUCUCUUUUGACAUAUACUUUUUAUUCUCAAUCCUAUAUCAAUGUAUAAAGCAAUAAAUUUUGUAUGAGCGAAUCAGUA